AUGAAGGAGAGAAGAGCCAGCCAGAAACUGUCCAGCAAAUCUAUCAUGGAUCCUAAUCAGAACGUGAAAUGCAAGAUAGUAGUGGUGGGAGACAGUCAGUGUGGGAAAACCGCGCUGCUGCACGUCUUCGCCAAGGACUGCUUCCCCGAGAAUUACGUCCCCACGGUGUUUGAGAAUUACACGGCCAGUUUUGAAAUCGACACACAAAGAAUAGAACUGAGCCUGUGGGACACUUCGGGUUCUCCUUAUUAUGACAAUGUCCGGCCCCUCUCUUACCCAGAUUCGGAUGCUGUGCUGAUUUGCUUUGACAUCAGUAGACCAGAGACCCUGGACAGUGUCCUAAAAAAGUGGAAAGGUGAAAUCCAGGAGUUUUGUCCCAAUACCAAAAUGCUCAUGGUUGGCUGCAAAUCUGAUCUUCGGACCGAUGUCAGCACGUUAGUGGAGCUCUCCAACCAUCGACAGACACCAGUGUCCUAUGACCAGGGAGCAAAUAUGGCUAAGCAGAUCGGAGCAGCCACUUACAUCGAAUGCUCGGCAUUACAGUCAGAAAAUAGCGUCAGAGACAUUUUUCACGUUGCCACCUUGGCGUGUGUAAACAAAACAAAUAAAAACGUUAAGCGGAACAAAUCACAGAGGGCCACAAAGCGGAUUUCACACAUGCCCAGCAGACCAGAGCUCUCGGCAGUGGCUACGGACUUACGAAAGGACAAAGCGAAGAGUUGCACUGUGAUGUGA